AAAAAUAAAAUGUAGCAGGUAAUAUCAAAUAGAAAAUAAGUAUAGCAAAAGUAGGCUACUGUGUUAAAUUCCAUCACUGCAUAUUAGUCUUGUCAAAUAUAGCCUUGCAUUACCUACUGUAAAGGUAGUAAUACAUUAAAAACACUUGUGAGUAGCCUACAUACAUGUGCAUAAACAGACCAACAUGAAGAAGAAGAAAUGUUCAGUAAAUAUUUGGUGAUAUUUGGGGAUGUAUUUAAAAUGUCAGCCUCUAGGAGCCGCUGCGGAUUUGCCUGACUUUUAUUUCUCUCAGUAAAAGGGAUGCAGGUUUUGACAGGUCCGGAGUCGUCAUUUUUUGCAGCGCAGGCCACCUUCCUCACCCGACGCACCGCGAGGCUCACCAUCCUCCAUCCAUCCAUCCAUCCAUCCAUCCAGACCGGAGCCUGGAUGGUCCAACACUUCAUUAGCAAUUUGCACACAUAGUUCUGCCUUUUUAUCCGGCAUGUAACCCGGGUAAUCGAUCAUUUCCAGCCCGUUUUGUGUGCGUUUUUCCCCCAUGGAGGACUAGUCAGGUGGCGGAUCCACCGCCCUGCAGGCUGCCGGGGAGAGACCGAGCUCCUCGCUGACAGGAUUACACCCAGGUCGGGGAAGAAAACGUUGACUAUGGUCGGUGUUUGUCGCUCAGGAGGCUCCUUUUGCCGUGAUGUGAACGCGGACGAGGCGCGUCAACCUGCCGGGGAUGAUGGUGAAACCAUGCAGCUGGGCGGUGCUCCCUAGCCUCCCCUGUCCCUCGCCUCCCACCUGACCACCUCUCCUCUUCGCCUCCUCUCUCCCUCCUUCCCUCUCCUCCUGUUCAUCAUGGAGACCACCAUGGCGACCACGCUGGAGACGCUGCUGGCCCAGCCCGACCAGGAGCUGAGCCCGGGGCAGCUGGAUGGCUGCGAGGAGGCCGCUGGCCGCUACAAGGUGGUUCCCUCUGUCGUCUGCUCCAUGUGCUGCCUCUUUGGCAUCAUUUACUGCUUCUUUGGCUAUCGCUGCUUCAAAGCGGUGAUGUUCCUGACCGGCCUGAUGUUUGGCUCCGUCGUCAUCUUCAUGCUCUGCUACAAGGAGCGCGUUCUGGACACCCAGCUGAGCGUGGAGGCCUCGGUGGGCAUCGGCCUUGGCAUCGGCACGCUCUGCGGCCUUGUCACCAUGCUGGUUCGCAGCGUGGGCCUCUUUAUGGUGGGCUUGCUGCUGGGCCUGCUGGUGGCUGUGGCCACCCUGGUGGGCAUGGCGGAGCUUUCCGACAGCCCACCGCGCUCUGUCUGGGUGCUUCUGGGCGUGCUGCUUGGCCUGGGCAUGCUAUUCGCUGUGCUCACCCUACAGUGGCAGCGCCUCUUUACCACGCUGUCCACGGCGAUGUUUGGGGCAGCGGUCAUCACUGUGGCGUUGGACUACUUUGUGGAGCUCUUCGCCCUCUUGCUGUACAUAUACGAGCGAAUAAAAGCAGCACCUGUCAAGCCUGUGUGCUGGCUGACAUGGGUGGUGCUCGGGGUGUGGCCUGCCCUCACCCUGCUGGGUGUCAUGGUCCAGUGGAAAGUGACCGCUGAGGGAUACUCCCAUACCAAGGUAAUAAUCAGUCGGCAACAGAGGAGGAUGCAGGUGAUGCGGAUUCGUCAGCGGGAUGACCGCUAUCGCAAGAAGAAGAAGAAGCAGCAGCAGCACGGCUCAACCUCCCACCAUCACCACCAGGCCAAGCAACUUCACCCUGAGCCCGCCUACCGUCGCAAACCCAACCCCAUCCGACGCUUCGACACAGACGUCCUCUCUCCGAGCUACAUUCAGAGUUUCCGCGAACGCCAGGUGCAGGCGCAGCCCUUCCCGAGCCGGCUGGUCGGCGGACCCCACGCUGUGGUGGAUGUGGGCUACGACUGCGGCUCAACGACGCCCCUCACCGCAGCUGCAGGACCUUCACUACGGGUCUGACUACUCCCCCACCUCCCGGAUGCUUGAACAAACCCCUUAACUAGGGAGAUACACGACACUACCAUCACUACCCCGCAUGGGUGUAAUCCCGCCUGUGCUAGAACAAACCACCACUGGUUUUAAAUGCAAAGAUUCUGGGUAUAAACAAAGCCACACCCCCAAGAGGAUGAAAAUAUAUUUAGGGCUAGAUUUACACAAAAUGCAAAAUAUGUUUAACCCUUUACUAAUUCAAAUUUGGUUCAUAAAUCUCAUGGCUGCCUGCUGGAGCCAUCGUUGUGGUGCAGAGGUUUGGUUGGUUGACCUCUUUUCACUGUCUUUUAGUAGAUUCAAAUGCACAAAUGCAUGCAAGCACUUAACACAAACACAGACCGCAGCUACAAUCUUAAGGGUCGAUGUGGAAACCCGAAGCAGCCUGCUCUACCCGGCCACACAGCCUGUGUGUCACCGUGUCACGUCAAACCAGAUCAGGGAUCACAGUUUCAGUGCUAACUCGGCUCAGGUUCAAACACAGGCAUUGUAUGAAAAAUCUAAAUACAACUUUGCCCUUGUUGAACGCGCUGUUUCUACCACUGUCGUUGUUUUUGAACUGAUGCUGCAGAAGCAACUAGUUCCUCAACCUGUAGGCGUCUUAAAAGUCCGAAGAAGAUCAUCUAUAAAGGGAAGUGAGGGCCCUUAAAUGCAAACCAGGAUCUUUAAAUUUGCUUUCUGUGCCAUCUGGACAACAAAUAUCGUCCUUGAAAUGUCGUGUUUUAAAGGGAGAAAUCCUUCGUCACCCUUGGUGCUGGACAAUACACUUCUACAAGCGUCAAACUGCUCAACGAUGACUGGGGAAUCUGUUUUUAACAGGUGCCUUGCCCCUCCGUGGACUGUACCAUUCAGCAACAGGAGGGGGGUUACUGGCAGAUCUCCCGUCGAUGGCUUGUUUUUGCGUUAAAUGUGGUCACAAGAGGAUUUUUUAAAUGGGUAGCUAUGGAGCUACAAUAAGCAGGGUAAAAAAAUAUUGGCGUGGAGCUGGCCUGCUGUCUUCACAGAUGCCUGGAUACAUGAGGAGGAUUUGCUGACAGCAAGAAAGCCAUAUUUACACUGGCACCUCACAUGAGAUUUCACACAGUACAAAUGGAAAAAGAUGUUGAGGAUUUUCAAGAGAAAACCCCAAUUACUGAUUGAUUCACAACUUGAAUUUCAUCCCUGCGGUGCAAACUCUUUGCCUUCCAAGAGAUUAUUUACGCUGCUGAGCAGAGUAGUAAUACUUUUAUUUCAUGAGCGUAGCUGAAAGAUAUGUUUCAGUUGUUUCUUCAUCCGCCAUUGUUUCAAACUAAUUUAAUCCUAGUUGUUCAAAAAAGUCUGAAAUUUAAAUUUAAAUUACAUUUGCUAAGAAAUCAGUGUAUAUAGUAUAUCCAAAUUGUUUUGACUUGUGCACUUCGGUGGUCAAAAUUGUAAUUUCUGGAGUGACAGUGCCCCCUACAGUACCGUUCAUUAGGGUCAUUCAUUCUUGGUAUUGACUGACAAUGCGGGUACUUUGAUUGGUUCAAUUUCUGUGUCAACAAGGACAAAACUUAGUUUGUUACUUCAAUUCCAACUGCCACACAGGCCGAUGUUGUUAGCCGUUGCUUUGUCCCAUCUGUGAUUUGAGCUCUCCCUACGUUACUCCAUGUCCAAAAUGAAAUGCUAGCUGGACCCUCCUCUUUUGCAUGAUGUGGGACAAAUGCAACACACAAGUGAGCAAGCCAGGCUAAACUGUAAUGCUGUCUUUCACCUACAGAGGCGAAUUCAAACUCAUCGGCACAAAGGGUCCUCCCAAAUGCUGAUUUGUGUUAAACGUGUGUCUCAGACUUAACGUAUUAGGGUAAUAUAUUUUUUAAUUCACAAUCAAAGAUUCAUUCAAAUUUCAAAAAGCUCCUGUUUUUCCCGCCUGUUCUCAUCUCAGGGCGUCAAAUACAGACGCUUUCUGAAAAAGUACCCUUCAGCCUUUUGUGUUAAAGGCGUUAACAGCCCCCCAAAGUGAAUUAUCCUAACCAUCACAGGGGUUUGUGCCUAAACCUAAGUUUGUGACUAGCGUUAGUACUGCUCAGUGUGCUAGCAGGUAGGGUUAGCCUCCUUUGUGUCGCUUCAACCAAGCAAACCGCAGCGUUUCAUAUCCAAUAACUCCGUCUGGAGGCGUCGGUAAUGACACACUGGGAUGAGAAUUUCUUGUUUUUUUUCUAAAUUCGGAUGAGGUCGGGAUGUGUUUCACUCUUUCAUCUUUCUGUCUUUGUGAGAAACUUUCGAGCUUUAGCUCCAUUUGCUCUGGCAGAACAACGUCAUUUUUUCUCACCUGAGGCUCACCAGGCUGAGUUUAUUUCAACAGAAACGGUGGUGCCUUGAACACCCUGUUGUGUACCCAAGUGCACUGCACUUUAAUGCCUUUUUUAAUAUGGCUGUGUUUACAUACUUGUCGCAGCUGAUUGGGCAACAACUCUGACACGCCCACCGAAUGGGAGAAAACAUACCUUGAAAACUUUGCACACCGAAAACAUGUUGUUCAGUCCGAGAAACAUUGCAUCCUGCCUCCUUCGCUGCCUCUCUGAUUGGCUCACCCUAACUCCACCCUAACCCUAACAAACGGAGGCAACGAGUACUAGCCAAUCAGAGGCAGAGUUGAUGAAAAUCUGGUGGAAGACUAAAAAAAAAGCGUGGCAGAACAGCAGCCUCUUCCUGAUUAGUGCUGCAAAGCAAUCAAGCUAGUUUCCCCAAGCUGGUGAAAGCUAAAGAUCUUCUCUGGGAUGGUCCGAUUUGUGUCAACAUAAAUCUACUGGAAAAUGAUUUAUUGGUAUUCAAAAUGUGACUCUUCCAAAGCACCUUUUACAAACGAGACCAAGCUGAGAUGCCAGUGUAAAUAAGGCUCGGAGGGUGUGAAUGAAGUGGACUAGAGGCCAUACCUAUUUGUACUUAGACCAACAACUCCUUCCGUCAUGUGCAUUGAUUUUCUUUAUUUGGGACAACAUAACCUUUUUGUGUCCAGUGAAAAUGUGAAUACUUUUAAUGUCUUUACCUUUUAAAGGAAAAGCAAGA